AUGGCUCGACCGAGCCAGGCCAUCACACGGCUACAGCACAGCUAUGCUCUCAGCCCCGUAACUGCCCUCGCGUUGUACGAGGCCGGACCCAACCAUGUCCUGCUGCUCGCCAGCGAAGACACCUGGCUCAAGAUCUACGACGUUCAGUCUUCUCGUCUACUUGGCCAGCUCCGGGUGUUCUACUCCCAGCCCAUCCACGGCAUUCACGUUUCUCAGCCCGACGACAACAACCCGAAAGAAACCCAGCUGCUCCUCUGGGGCGGCCACUCAGUAAUCCUCCUCCCGCCCAGCUCCUUCCAAGCUCUCAUCGCCGGCCAAACUCCGCCCCCGCCCACCGAGUCCCACGCCCCAGACUGGAUCUACGACGGCAUCAUCCUGCCCACCAACCCCAACUCCCUCUCAGAAGCCACGGGCGCGCUAGUAACAGCGCACAACGAAAUCCUCCCUUUCUCCACCCCCCGCACCACCGCCACCACCACCACCACCACAAACGCCAACCCCCCCCCUAAACUUCGGCCCCUGGGACCUGCACCUACCACCCCUUCGUCUAGAUCCCAGCUGGGAGGUAGCUGCCCUACUCGGCACACCAGGGGCGGCCCGUACGGCUUUGCUCGUGGGCCCGCAGCCAUAUCGCUGGGCGUUCCCCCCAUUAUUUCCUUCCCAUCCCGUUCUGGGGCGGUGGUGGUGGGGGGGUUGGAUGGGGCGAGGGAGACUGGGUUUGGUGGGGAGGGGGGGAAUUCGGAGGUGAAGAGGGGGAAUGAGCGGGAUUCGGCCAGGUGUGUGGCUGUGGCGAUGGGGCAUGUGUCGAGGAUUUGGCAAGUCGGGUUUGGGAGGGGGUCGUUGGCCUCUGGGGUUGUGGAGGUUUAUUCGUUUGGGGAGGACUGCUCGCGGCAGAAGUGGGAGCUGGACUUGGAUCUGGAGCGGUGGGCUGCGCUUAGGUCGGGGGCUGGAGGGAAGACAGGGACACUCCGGCAUUGCGGCUCGAGUACGUGUCACAGCGGGAAAAAUAUCUGGUCUGCUGCCUUGUUGCGUAGGGAAGAUGAUGAGCCCCUGGCGGCGACUGGUGGAGCUGAUGGCAAGAUUGUCAUCGCGGGGAAGAUUAGGGGAGUCGCUUCAGGUCUCGGCACAUACGAAGACCUGGACCUCAGCUUCAGCUUCGACGAGGUACUGCGAAAUCUACGAGGCAGCGCACAGCCAGUACUUGAAACCCAGACCGCAAAGAACGCCAAGUACACCUUCCAACGGUACGCCUUUCUGUCGGAAACAACCAUGGCAGUCACAGCCUCCGGCAGGUUGUUUCUCGCGAUUAUGGGAAGCCCUCUCGUCUGGGAAGAAGUCGCCGUCCCUGAAGCUAUCAUUGCUGAUCUCAAACCCUACAAUGUCGUCAAAAGUCCGGCAAGGGACACGGCUGUCAUCGGCAGCGCAAGCGGCAAGAUAUCAUCCCUUCUGGACACUCCCAACCGUGCUGCCAACAAGCUACCCUGGUCUGUUCUCAUCAACAUCCUAGGUUCCGACCACGCCGUUCUCCUACACUUCGACCCAUCCACCAACACCUCCACCAUGGAUAGCCGCAAAAUCCGACUUGUAGAACACUACAUCGUCACUGCAGCGACCUUCUGCGAUGGUACCCUCAUUCUCGGUUCCCGCACCGGUUCUUUGACGGUCUACGAUACCGACCCUGAUACAGGCGACUUCAUGCCCCUGACUUCCCGGAAAGACUGUAAAACAAAAGACGGCAUCACUUGCAUUGUUCCCAUUCCAGGAACCUCCUCUAAACAAUCUUCCUUCUUAGCCACAUGCCGCGAUGGAAAAUACCGUAUCUACACCCUCGCCAUCUCACCGUCCCUUCCGGGCUUGAACCUUCAGCACGAAAUCUCCCCGCCACUCAACGUUCUCGAGGCGGCCUUUUUCACCAUCCCACCCCCAUCACACUCUAACGGCUCCUCGCCACCGAAGCCAAAGUCAGAGUUGAUUCUCCAAGGAUUCUACGGCCCAAAUUUCCUCACAUACAACGACUCAACCCGCACAAUCCUCUCUAGCAUCCCAUGCGGCGGCGCUCACCGGCCUUUCACAACCAUCCUAUGUCCCCACGACCCGGGCCAGAUGCGCUUCGUUUUCUCCAAGGCCGGAACACUGCACGUCGUCUCACAGAGCGCCGAAUCCGAACGGGUGUUACGGGCCGGCGGGCACGGGAGGGAGAUCAAGAGCGUAUCCGCUACCCUCCUCCCUUCACCUUCUACUCCCCUCUCCUCCGGCGCUCCUCACAACCAACCAACCGAGCCAGCCAACAACCUAGUAGCCACCGCCGCAGAAGACACCUCCAUCCGCAUCUGGCGCCACCAACCCUCCUUAACACCAACAACCACCACGCCCACCUCCACCACCAGCGAAAUGACCUGCCUCGCCAUAAUCCAAGGCCACUCCGCGGGCAUCCAAUCCCUCCGCUUCUUUAACCCCAACCCCCCCACCACCACCACCUCCAAGGCAAACGCAAACGCAACAACCUACCUCCUCAGCAGCGCCGGCAGCGAAGAGCUCUUCGUCUGGCGCCUCUCACACCUCGCUUCCACCACCUAUGAUGCGCUCGCCGUCGUGCGCGAGGCGUCGUGGUCGGAUGGCGGCGGCGGACGUGCCACUGCGUCUGACGAUGACGGGAACAAUAGCGGCAGCAGCAGAGACAAGGAUCUGCGGAUCAUGGAUUUUGACGUCGCGGGCUGGGAUGCUGCCGGCGACGAUGCUAAUGGGGGGAAGAUGUUAGUGACGAUGGCGCUGUCGGAUUCGAGCGUGCGGGCGUAUGUGUACUCGCCUGCUUGCUCGGAGGCGGGCGACGGCGGCGGCUCCGGCUCCGGCGGCGGCUCCGGCUCCGGCGGCGGCGGUGGUGGUGAUACUGGGAGGUUUGUGCUGCUGGCUACGGGGCGGUACACGGGGGCGUGUCCGACGCAGGUGCGGUAUCUGAAGGUGGAUGGCGGGGGCGGCGCGGGGGAGGUGCAUGUGCUGACGGCGUUUACGGACGGGCACGUGGCGGUGUGGAGAUGGAGGGCGACGCGCGGUGGGGAGGGCGAGUUGGAGAUGGUGUUGGUGGUGCGGCUGCAUCAGAGCAGUGUCAAGAGCUUGGAUCUGGCGGUGCAGGGGGAGGGCCGGUGGUUGGUGGUGACGGGCGGGGAUGAUAACGCGCUUGGGUUCUUGGAUCUUGCGUGGGAUGGGAAUAAGGGGGGGUAUGUUGUGGUCGGGAGGUAUAGAGUCAAGGAUGCGCAUGCGGCGGCAGUGACCGGGCUUUCCGUGGUCAAGACGGAGGCUGGGGUGAUGGAAGUGGCCACGGUCAGCAACGACCAGAGGGUCAAGAUGUGGAGGACGGAAAGGAGUGCCACUAAAGGGAUUCGGGUUACCAUGCUGGACAACCGGUAUAGCUCGGUGGCGGAUGCGGGAGAUUUGGAGCUCAUCGCUCCCGGAAAGCUAAUGAUUGGCGGCGUUGGGAUAGAGGUAUGGGAUGUCUCGAAAGAUGGCAUAGUAGGGUAG